GUCGCUACCUGGUUAGCUUCCCCAACCGGCGUCGCACCGUAUCCGGUGUGUUAAAAACGCCAGGUGUUGAAUGCUGACGGAUACAUUGGGUGGUUUACGGCAACAACACUGGCAAGCUGCGUGAAGUCCAUGUCACGUUAAGCUCACUCGCUGACGCCGCCGUGAAUCAUUCACCGUCGGUUAACGUUUGACUGGUUUAAGGAUCAGCUAACGUCAGCUAACUGGGCUAGCUCCGCGCUAGCAGGCUAACAAAGAGCCGUCGCUCCUCCUUUUGCUUUGUAUGCUCGCUGUCGCCGUUUUCAAAUGGCUGUGGUGUCACUUGUAAGGCGGCGAAGGAGUGGUGAAACUGGACUGGAGCUUUUGAGUGUCUGGCCCUCCUGCCUUUGCCUACAGUUGGAUGUUCGGUGCCUGUUUUAGGCUGUGCAUGUUUGUUCCUCACCAGUGAUUCCUUAUGCUUGAUAGAAGCUGCACCCUGUGUCUUACAGAAUGGAUGGUGUGGACUUAAAGAGACUUGUGUAUCUACAUCAGCAAUCUGUUUUCUGCUGUGGUGUUCAUUCUUUUACUAUUUACAAGAGAACACCUCCCAUCCUACACCUCCAAUCUCUGCACUAUAUAUAUAAAGACCGUCUUUAAGCAAUAAAAAAAGACAGCUGGAGAUAGAAGUUAGAAGACUUUCUAUCUUUUUUUCUUUUUAAAGCACAGAUUGAUUCUGCUUUAUAUAAGCUUAUUUUAUGGCGGAGAUGGAAGCGUCCUUAUUUUAAUUUUUCAGUUAUUGUACCCCCUUACUCUUAGUGUGGGUGGUGGGAUGUCGGAAAAGCCAGACAACAAAAUGGUGAAGUUCCUGGCUCCCCCUCAGAAGAGUGGAAAUGGCCCCAGUUCUGGUUCAGAUUCGAUGGUGAGUGAAGGCCGGCCAGAAGUGAGACGCCGGCAUCACACCAUGGAGCGCGACCGAUGUAACCCUGAACACCGUUUCUUGCGCCGUAGUGUCAUCAGUGAUUCCAAUGCUACCGCAUUGGCCCUCCCUUUACCCAGCAAGAUCCCCAUCCCCGCUCCUCAGCGGGUUCCGCCGCGGGAAGCUGUCCCCCAACGGCAACAGACUGCUGCUGUUGCUCAUUUGCCACGGCCUGAACCAAGUUUAGCUAAAAAUGAGGACUCUGCUGAUAGUGGAAGAGGAAGAGAAGAAGGAAAAGGUAUAGAAAUAGCCAAGUUGGAUGUAGUGCCUUCAGAGCAGGAGCCUGCCAUUGUACAAGAUAUCUGUGAUGGAGAGGUGGUGGUAGAAGCCCACUCCGCACCAUGCUUAGGAACAGAAUUGCCUAGUCAAACAGAACCUGAAAGCACCACUGAGGCCAAGGUACAUCAAGAAGAAGAGGGGGAGGAAGAGGAAAAGGACGCCAAGGCACGAGCAGAGGCAGAGCAGAGAGAAGCUGAGAAAAAAGUACAGGAUGACAUCGAAGAGGCAGAGACCAAAGCAGUGGGAACAUCACCAGAUGGGCGUUUCCUGAAGUUCGAUAUAGAAAUUGGACGUGGCUCCUUCAAGACUGUCUACAAAGGCCUGGACACUGAGACCACGGUUGAGGUGGCUUGGUGUGAACUGCAGGAUCGUAAGCUGACAAAGACAGAGAGGCAGCGCUUUAAGGAGGAAGCGGGGAUGUUGAAGGGACUACAGCAUCCCAACAUUGUCCGCUUUUAUGACUCCUGGGAGGGACCCUCCAAAGGCAGGAAGUGCAUUGUACUGGUCACUGAACUCAUGACUUCUGGCACACUUAAAACAUAUCUGAAGCGGUUCAAAGUGAUGAAAAUUAAAGUACUGCGGAGCUGGUGUAGACAAAUCCUCAAGGGACUCCACUUCCUUCAUACUCGGGCUCCCCCCAUUAUCCACAGGGACCUUAAGUGCGACAACAUUUUCAUCACAGGCCCAACAGGAUCCGUCAAGAUUGGAGACUUGGGACUGGCUACACUCAAGCGCGCAUCAUUUGCCAAGAGUGUUAUAGGUACCCCUGAGUUCAUGGCGCCUGAGAUGUAUGAGGAGAAGUACGACGAGUCAGUGGAUGUGUAUGCCUUUGGAAUGUGCAUGCUGGAGAUGGCCACCUCAGAGUACCCUUACUCAGAGUGCCAGAAUGCUGCACAGAUCUACCGCAGAGUUACCAGCGGGGUGAAGCCGGGCAGCUUCGACAAGGUGGCCAUUCCUGAAGUGAAGGAGAUCAUCGAAGGAUGUAUUCGCCAGAACAAGGACGAGAGGUAUUCAAUCAAGGACCUUCUGAACCACGCCUUCUUCCAGGAGGACACAGGGGUGCGUGUCGAGUUGGCAGAAGAGGACGACGGAGAGAUGGAAGCUAUUAAGCUGUGGCUGAGAAUUGAGGAUGUAAAGAAACUCAAGGGGAAGUACAAAGACAACGAAGCUAUUGAGUUUUCUUUUGACCUCAACAAAGACGUCCCAGAGGAUGUGGCUCAGGAAAUGGUUGAGUCUGGUUAUGUGUGCGACGGUGACCACAAGACCAUUGCAAAGGCCAUAAAGGACAGGGUGUCUCUAAUCAGUCGCAAGAGAGCGCAGCGGCAGCAGGUCAGGGAAGAUCAGGAGAAGAGAAGGCUAGAAGAAGAACAGCAGAGUCAGCUACUGCCAGUACCGCAACCAGGUCCACAGCCAGGCACAGAUGUGCCUCAGUCCCAGCCAGUGCCACAGCCUGCUUCUUAUGUCUCUCCACAACCAAACCAACACAGCACACAGAUGUCUGCCCAACCUGCAUCUCAGCAGAGCCUUCAGAGCUCUAACUACAGCACUCCUCAGUCAAACCAACUGACCAGCCUGGCACAAGGGGUCCCUUAUGUCCCUCAGUCAACAGGGCAAGUCCCAGUUUCAGUUCAGGGUCAGAGUGUGGCCACAAUCCAGCCAGAGUCAGAGGAACCUGAGACUGACCAACACAAACAACUACAGCACACUGGAGUCAGUCACAUGGGAGACAGACUGUCUGGUUCCUCCAUCCUUCCUGAAGCCCAGCCUCCUCAGUCUGGAAUAUCCUACAGUUCUCCUGCCAGUCAGCACCUUCAACUCCAGGUGUCCUGCCCGCAGACACAAAAUGACCAAAUGCAACAGCAACAGUUGUCAGUGGUUCAACCCAAGAUGCAAGGUGUCCAGCCAGAAGUUGUUCCUGUUGCACCAAGCAGCCAGUCUGUUCCAGUGGCACCUUCACAGUACGGAGUUUACUACCAACCAUCGCUUCCCCCUCAGAUUCCCACCCAGCAAGUGAUGAUACCCCCAUCCUCUCAGUCAUCUCCCCCCCAACAGCAGCAACAGCCGGAGAGCAGCAGUACUCUUCAGAGCUCUACUCUACCACAGACACAGACGGGCGCUCAGCAGCUACAGUCUUGGGCCAGUGAUCCAAGUCCUCCUAUCAUGUCUCCUCCACUCAACGCAGAACAUCUAUACUUCCUCUAUCAGGCCUCAUGCCUCUCUGUUCUGCAGGCUGUGAGUCUCCCUCAGUCAACACCAGUGGAUCAGCCUGCAGGGUCCACUGCUCUGGUGCCUCCAUCUGUAGAAAGCUGCCUGUCAGACACAGCUUCAGGUCUUAGUGACGGCAAUGAUGGAAGUUCUACAUCAGGAGGUCGCCACGAGGGCCGCUCGCUGAAGCGCCACCAGCGAAGAUCCGUCCGCAGCCGCUCCCGCCACGAAAAGACUGCAAGGGCCAAGCUAAAUGUUCUCAGUAUCUCUAAUGUGGGGGACAGAGUAGCAGAGUGCCAGCUAGAAACGCACAACAGGAAGAUGGUGACCUUCAAAUUUGACCUUGAUGGUGAUAAUCCGGAAGAGAUUGCAGAAAUCAUGGUUGCGAGUGAGUUCAUCUUGGAGAGUGAGUGGGAGUCCUUCAUCGAGCAGGUCCGUGAAGUUAUAGAAAUGGCUGAUGAGAAAGGAGAGGGCAUGAAGGAAGGCUUUCCACAGAUGAUUGAUCACCAACAACAGCCUGAGCUGUCUGUUCCCAUGUUGCCAGGCAUUUCCCCCAGCACUACAGCCCAGGUAGUGCAUUCAGCAGGACGAAGGUUCAUAGUCAGCCCAGUGCCAGAGUCCCGUCUCAGAGAACAGUUCUUUGGCGCUCCUUCUGCUAAUACCUCCUUUGGAGAUGAACCUUCCCCAGCUCCCUCUAUGACAUUGGGCCUGUCUCUGUCUGCUCCAUCUGGGACUCUCCAGCACGCUUUCAGUAAAAUGAGGCAGGCUCGUGUAGAGAGAAGCAGCACACUUGAUCCCGAUGCCGCUGAGCAAGAACCAGGCACUGUCACAUCCAGUGAAGCUGGACUCGGCCCAAAUUCUAACAAUAUACUGGCUCCUCCAGAAGCUGUAACUUCCACCACUAGCGCUACUUUCCCUGCUGCGUCUCUCUCAUUUACUGCAACAUCCUCACCACCUGCCUCUACUGGGAGGGUUUCCCCUCCUCCUAUAUCCACGGUGUCCCAAACUCCAGCUCCUGUCACCAGUGAUCCCAGCCCACCGUCUUCCCAUGAAGCAGCCCCCUCACAGCAUCCACCAGCUGCCAACAUCCCUCCCUCAUCUUCCACCAUUACUCCUCCAUCAGUGCAGACCUCCGUCCCAGCAGUCCUUGGGCCUCAACUGAGCAGUAGUUCUGUCUCUUCUGUUGCUAGUGUUACACCCAGUAGUACUGGCGCAGUCCCUGCUUUAGACCAGCAGCCUUUUAAUAGUGCUGUUACGUCUUCUCAGCCUAUGAGUUCGGCCAUCCAUGCACCACAGCACGCAACCUCCCAGUGUCAACCUGUCACCAUUUCCGCUCAGCCUGCUCCUCCCACCUCAUUACCCAGUCAGGGCCAGGUGCAGCCACAGCCAGUGGAGACGGAGGGAGCUGAGCUCCAGACCAAGACCGCUGGCAGAGAUGAUAUCCAAGCUCUAGAUAAGAAGCUACGGUCCCUUUUUAAAGACCAGAGCUCUGCCUCGUCUGCGUCACUGGAUCCCAGUCAGAACACAGGCACAUCCUCUCCUCCCACUGGGACUUCUUCCCCUCCACCUGGAGCCGCCCUCGUGCCCCCAUCAAACCUUUCUCUCACGUCAGGGGUACAAGGUGUCCUGGGUUCCACAACCACCCCAGCAGGACAUGCACAGACGCCUCCAACAAAGCCCAGGGCACAGACGUUACCUACUGGUUUUGAUCAAGCUGCUACGCCUCCCUCCGACCUUGUACCUCCAUUUCCUGGACCAAAUCAGUCACAGCAACCCCUGGGUAAUUUGGAUGCUGAGUUGAGGAGGGCUCUGAGCCCAGAGACUGUUCAGGGAGGUAAAAGGGUCCAGCCCCCAGCAGCAGGUUUCACUCUGGGACGUUUCCAAGUGUCUGUUGCUGCUGAUGGUGUGUCCAGCAACGUUCCAGAUGCCUUCAGCAUCGUUUCCUCUUCGUCCCUCACGCCAUCCUCUACCUCCUCCUCAUCCUCCUCCUCUUCUUCAUCUUCCUCCUCCUCAUCCUCCUCCCCCUCAAGUCCAGAAAAUACACUCCACAGGUCAUCUUCUCUGGCCAAAGGAGUUUGUGAAACUGACAGUGUAAAUGGAGCUUCGUCUCUAUCUGCCAAUCCUGCCAGUCAGUCCACCACUAUUGGGCGCUUCCAAGUGUCCACGAGCCCCAAUGCCACAUCUGCGCCAACCACUGGCUCUAAAGUGGGACGUUUUUCUGUCACCGUGACCCCAGCUCCAGCAGCAGGCUCCAGUCCUUCACAUGGCUCCAGUAUGCAGAAUGGUCCCUCAUCCUCAACCUCGGAUCCUCCUAACACACAUACUCAUUACAGUAGUGACAAUGACGACGACUCUGAGACUGAAGACGAAGCCUUGCAGAAAGAAAUAAGCCGUCUCAGAGAAAAACAUAUGAUGGAGAUCCAGGCAUUGCAGACUCGUCAGAAAGAGGAGAUAGAGUCUCUGUUCACACGGAUGGGAAAACCUCCUCCCCACUCUGUCUUCUCCCCGGCUGUGGCAAUGGCUGGAGGUCGACGUAGGCGCAAAAGCCACAAAUCUGCUCGCAGUAGUGGACAGCCCAGCCCCUUGCACUCAGGAUCCCCAGCCUCUGCUCAUGGUUCAGAGUCCUCUCCAAAGCAAAGUUCACCCUCAGCAACGGAGGCAUCACAACCAGUGAGCAGGUCAUCCAUACCGCAGCUCAGAUCCUCUCCAUCCAUGCCUAGCCUCAGUAGUUGCUCCACAGGAUCAAGUGGGACCAGCUCCACGAAUGGUUCAGGCCACUACCAGAACCACUCUGCUACACUGACCCAGGUGACUGGACCCACUCCUGCAUCUCACACCCAGAAGGGCAAGGGCACCUUCACUGAUGACCUGCACCAACUGGUGGAUAACUGGGCCAGGGACGCCAUCAACCUCUCCCAGUGCAAGAGAGGUCCUAAAACUGUCCCACAGGCAGCACUGGGACAUGAUAUUAUCCCUCCGGUUAACAUGGGCCGUAAAUUCUCAGCUCCAGCGUACCUCUGCCCAACGCUUCCCACACCUUCCAACACCACGUCCUCCACCACCACCACCACUCACCUCCCCAACCCAGCCAAUCCCUCCAUCCCCCAGGGGCCUCGUAAAGGCUCUCUGGGCCCAGUUGCCCCAGGGUUUGGAUACACCUCGGCCUCGUACAGCGCUCCUCAGUGGGCAGGACCCACAGGCACAUGCCAGGUCAGCAUGCUUAACCCCGCACAGCCACUAACACAGUACCAGCCGCCGGUGACAGCCUCAGUGUCCCUGCACCAAGGCUUUCACAUCGGAGCUGCACCAGCCCCCCAGAAAUCAAUCAGCCCCGGAGGGCCCAACCUAAGGCCUACGUAGCCCAGUCAGAGCCCUGGUCAAGGCUGAGACAGAGGGCCACACAGGGGCAGACAGUUGUGAACAAGAACCAAUAGCUCUCUUGGCAGAUUGCAGGUUAGCUAGCUGGAUAUUGUGCUUUUUAUUUUUUAUUUCAACUUUUAUUAUUAUGUGUUUUUUUUUUUUUUUGGUUUUUUUUUUUUUUUUUUUUCUGUAAAAGAGCUGACCUGUGUGGUUCAAGUCCUCUCAGGCAGAACGAACUCUGUCUGGCAAUUGGAGGGAGAGUGCAAUACACAUCCACACACGCCUGCCAUUAGCUGUGGAAUCGAGCUGUGACGAGCCGGUUGGUUUUGUCUGGUAAUCUAAUGACCCAAAGGCAUAACCAACAACAGCCAAAGAAGUCUUUUGAGAGCAGACGUUGAAAUGUUGUCAUUCCUUUUGAAGAGGAGAAGGUAGGAAGCACUCUGGUUCACAAACUUACUGGUCCUGACUUUAAGCCGAACUGGGAUACAAAACUAAUUCACCACAUAGACACAAGUGUGUGCGUGUGUGCACACCUGACUAAAUAUUAAUCUGGUUGAGUGACUUGGGAUGGAAGGUUAAGUUGUCUCGGAGAGCGAGGGGGGGAGUGUACUUGAAAGUGGGAGAUAAGAGUGGGACAGUUUGUCCCGGAUGGGAAAGUGAGACUGUUGGAGGUAGAAGAAAGACGUAGUAAGUUAGGCUGGAGUGUAAUGGAUAGGGUUGCAGUAUGAAUACAUCCCAGUGGCUACCUAUUAAGAAAAAUGCAAUAAUGGAAAAGAGUAGAUAUACUGUCCCUUGUAACUGUGGCCUUAAUCUCCAAACACAUUUAAACAUUGACUUUGUACAUAGACACUUCUUCACUGGGUUAUGAUUCCAUGUUUAGCAUAUUUAUGUCCCUGUGAGAGUCUGGUGUCAUUGUGAUUUGAGUUGUCUAUACAGAUUUAUUAUCAUACUGAUUUAUUCUUCAUGUAAGCCAGUGGAUCUGCCAUAUAUAUAAAAACAAAAAGAAAAAGCAUUGUCCUGGUGUUGACCACCAUUUGGAGUUUGGAUCUUGAAGAGGUGAUGCUGCUGUAAAUCACAAUCUGAGUAGGAGGGUGUUUGAAGGGUGUUCGACUUUUGUUUUGUGUGUUUUUUUUUUUUUUUUUUUUUUUUUUAAACGCAAGAAUGAAAUCUUGUUUAGAAUCCCAAGUUGACACAUGAAACCACUUCACUUAGUGCUUAUCAAUGGAUUAUGAACCGUUCAAAAUCUACUUAUCAUACAAAAUGAAAUAGUUUUGGUUUAUUGCAUUAGUUAUUUGUGUAAAACGGACGCAUCCUCCCAACUUCUCCCAGUUGUUUAGACAAAACAGGUUGUUAGUAAAGUCAUCUCACAUUAAAUAACAUAACCAUAAUUAGCUGUCACUUCUCAAAUCACAAGUGUCUGGGGUUCUCUCUUUCUGUGGUCUGUUUUUGUAUGCGUAUAUUUAAUAAAACAAAUGUUCUUUAUGGACCUGUAUUCAGCCAUCAGAUUUUGAUGUUGUUUCACUGUAAUUAUUAUUAAAGGUUGUUAAACAACAUGUAGUUAAGGAAUAUAAAAAGUGCAAUUGCAGGGUGGUUGUUAUUGGUAUGCUACUCACCAGGCGGGAGUAAUCCUGUGGUUUAUUAAGCUCUUCUAUCGUAUGACUGCCCUGCCCCCCUUUUCUAUUUAAUUGUAUAUAUGUUAAUGUGAGGUAAAUGCUUUCACCUAAUGCUCAGUCACUAGAGUAUGCUUGUGGUGACCCCCACUCUACAUGCACAUGCACUCUAACCUGUAAACAUGAGGAACACUUUAGUGCCUUGCAUCCUCACUAAUGACAAGUUCCAGACUCAUCUAGUCCUGUAGUUGUGACUGUACUGCAGAAAAAUACGUGGCUCCAUAACCGUCACACGGCCAUCUCAAAAACAUGCAACUGGAUAACACACACACCUAGACCUACACAAACACACACACCUACACACACACACACACACACACACACACACACACACACACACACACACACACACAAAAACAAACACAGAGGACUGCAGAACAAAGAGCACACUGAGUAAGGUGGAAAACGUUUCUUUUUCUCUCUACAGAUACAUUUGUGUUGGUUGUGUAAUCAACUGUAUUUAUAUUUGGCUCAUGCAUUCAUAAAAAAAAAAGGCUGACAUUUCUUUCUUUCAUUUCUUUGUGGAUUUAUCAUUAAACCGUUUUAAUAGAAGCACUUGUUUAAGGGCAGCGAGUGAGCGGUGUAUAAAAGGUUUAAAAGUUGUCGCGCCCUCGUGCCGGCUCAACUUUUUGUCUCACCCACCUCUCACACGAGUGCCAUGCUGUCAUCGUGACUCUUUCGCCUGCUCGUAGAUUUGGAUGAAUAGUUAAAACUUCUCUAGAGAAAAAAUAAGUUACUGCAAUGCAGAAUAUGCAAUGUUUAAAAGUUUUAAAGGGACUGAGGGGGUAAUGGAAACAUUUGCAUGCUGAUGAGGGUUGUUACAGACUUCAAUGUUUUUGAUAUUGGAAUAUUAGAGAUCUUUGUUGUUUUUUUUUUUAUAUUAUUUGCCUUUCUGGGACUCAUCACUUUAGUGUUGAUCUGUUAAAUUGCCAUUCACCAAUAUCACAGGCACAACUUCAAUAUCAGACUAUCAGCAUAUGGUUUCUGCAUGCCGGCUUCACUGAUGUUUAAUCUUACAAAUGACAACCAACUCACAACUGGCCACUGUACAGCACAAGCUCUCAAUGAAGCUUAAGGUCCAUGUGCUACAAUGCUACUAUCAGUAAUUAUCACAGACUUCUGUACAGUACUGUUUGAGGCUACUGACACGCAGUAAUAUCUGUUGAGCUCUUAUUUCUGAUCCCUCCUUACUGACUUCCUGUGAUUCAGUGUCUGUUUUGUGUAUGUUUUUCACAUUGUACAAAAUGUAAAAACAAAUAAAAAUAAUAUCGAUUAAA